AAGUAUUAUAGUGAUCAGUGUUAUUAUUAAUAUAAAUAAUUUUCUUGAAAAAAAGAAGAUAGUAAAUUUGUAAGACAUUAAAAACCUUUACAAACAAUAUGAACAAAAUAAGUUGCCUCAUACAGUUAUUUCUCUGAGACAUUAGAAGCAACAUUGAACAUCAUGGAAGUGGAUUUAAAUCAGCUUGUCCACAAAGAUCAAACGAUCAAAAUUGUUCCAUCAGUUGAAGAAUCUCUUAAAAAAUUAGGUGUUGACACAGACCUCGAUGAAAGGAUUCAGAUAUGGUUCAGUCAUCUUAGACUUCAGUGGAAAACUUGGAAAAAAAGCCCUGCUACAGAUAGCCACUUUAACAGUUUAUUUCAUUUUGCAACAGACCCUUACAGAGUGGCUUUGCUAUGUAGUGUUAAAUGUGAGGAAUUUAAAGAUAGCAAACCCAAGUCUUUGCAAUAUUAUAUCAUAGAGUCUCUAUGUGAAUGGUCUCAAUCAAAUGGCAGAAAACCAACAGAUUCAUUAAAGCUUCCUGCUUUCCAAAUUGCAAUAAGUCAGAGGAAUCAGCAUUUUCUUAAAUUAGUGAUAAGAACAUACCAUGUCCAAACAAUCAAGGAAACUAUUUUGCCUAUGGUAAAAGAAAUGAUAAGAAGUGAUAACUGUAAACAGGCUUCACAGAUAGUAAUAGCUAUGGAGUUGUGUGAUGACAUCCCAGUAGAAGAGUUAUUAUUUCCAUUAAUUCUUCAAGACAAAACCAACAUUAUUGAUGAAUAUUUAUCAGAGUGUCCGAACCAAGUGAGACCACUGUUAUUAUUUUUAGACAGAUUAUUAGAUAAGAAUUUUAGCAUAAAGGAUUAUGCACAGCAAUAUAUAGAAGAAAAUAAAGUAUGUCAUGUAAAAUAUGAAAAAAUUCAUCACAAACCUCUUGGUAAAUUAGUUGCACGGUUAUGUAACAAAUUCAACAUUCCUAUUGAGACAUGUAAAAAUCUAAGCAAGAAUCGUACAACAGGAGGGUUGAGAUAUUUAAUACACCAGAAAUAUGUGGAACAUAAUGUGAGCUCUUCAGUUUGGGACGAUUUAGUCAAAGAUUCUCUUCGCCAGAGCGGAUGUGCUCAAGAAUUUAUUGAUAUAUUAGUGGAUUAUGAUACUAAUGAAGCUCUUAAAUGGGCCUCAUAUUUUCAGUUACCUGAGGACACUUUGCCUUUGGCUUUGAAAAAUAUGUCUUUACAAGAAGUACCUAUAGAAGAAGAAAAGUGGGAUGAACAAAAUGCUACUCAAAACUUCUACAAACUUCCCCUGUCUGAAAAUAAUAUAAUCAUCAUUGAUACAGCUGAAAAAUUAUAUGAUGUUGUUACAACUUUAGUAAAUUGUAGUAUAGUGAGUAUUGACUGUGAAUGGAAACCAUCUUUUGGGGCUGUGCAGUCACAAGUUGCCCUCAUUCAAAUUGCUACCUUUGAUUUCAUUUACUUGAUUGAUACAUUAAUUUUGAACAGUAAGCAAUAUUCAAGCUUCUGGUAUAGGUUCAAUAAAUCAGUACUGGACAAUGCUGAAAUAAUUAAAUUAGGUUUUGGCCUUGAACAAGAUCUGAAAGAAAUAAAAGCAUCAGUUAUCGGUCUAAGUAAUAUUAAAGUAAAAGGUGAAGGCUUGUUAGAUUUAAGUUUAUUGUGGAAAAGUGUUAUCAAUCUUGGUCUGUCCUUGCCUAGUGAUAACGAAGGGAACAGUUUGAGCUCCUUAGUGCAAGCUUGCUUUGGAGUCCCUUUAGAGAAGGCAGAACAGUGUUCUAACUGGGAGUUAAGACCACUAAGAAAAACGCAAAUUAAUUAUGCUGCUCUUGAUGCAUAUGUAUUACUUGAAAUUUAUAACCAUCUCCAAAAGCUAUGUGUGGAACAGCAAAUAAAUUUUGAAGAAAUUUGUAACUAUAUUAUGUUAGAAAAAAAAAUGAAGACUGCAAAAAAGACUAAAGUUGCUGAUAACAUCAACACAUCUGCCCAAAACUUCCCAAGAUUAAGUAAAAAUGUAAAAAUACUGGUGGAAUAUGAAUUAUCCGACUUAGUGGCAUAUUUAAGAUACUGUGAUAUUGAUACAAUAGUAACUUCACCAGCAAUGCUUUGGCAUGAUACAGUUAAUUUAGCUUUAUCUGAAAAUCGAUUGAUUAUAACAUCAAAGUUGAAGUUUUCUCCUACUUCAAAAUUUUCUCAAAAUUUUAUUUUGGAUAUUUGUAAAAGUAGUAUCAAAGACCAGUUGCAGAAAGUACUAUUUAAUUUUAAUAUAACAGUUACGCGAAACGAUCUUUUAAAUAGAUGUUUACUGUGUAAUGGUAGAGAUUUGAAAAAAAUGAAUCCCAAUGAAGUUAAGGACUUGUGCAGUAAAUAUGAAGCCGUCUGCAACAGUAAAACAGUAAGCAAAAGACAUACUAGUGAUAAUGAAGAUGAUGAUGCAUAUUAUGACAACUUCCUUAGUGAUUCUGAUGGAGAUGAUUUUUUGUAUUUAAGCCAACCUGAAACAACAGCACAGUCAAGUAAAAUUAAGGUUUUAACCGAACCAUGUGUAACUAGCAAGGGAGCAACCAUUGAAAUCGGCAAUGUUCAUGGGCUAUCUGUGUCCCGUAAACCAGCAACUCUUUGUGAAAUCUGUGGCAAACUAUAUUGGGAUGAAGAUCCUUUACUAAUAUCUGUCUGGGAAUUGAUAUCACCACUUAUUUGAUUUCAAACCAUUAGUAUUAUAAGUACUUCACACAAAAUAAUCUAAAAUUAAAAAGGUACAAACUUAUGAAAUAGGUAUCAGUUAGGAAAUAAGAAGAGUUCUGAUUUUUAUAAAUACUUAUAUUAGAAGUUAAUCAAGGAGAAUGUAAACAUUGGUUUCUGUUCAUUAAAGUUAAAGUUUGGUUCAGUUUACAUUGUAAAUAAGACUAUAGUGUGUAAGACGUAGGUAUAAAUAAUAAACAUUUUUGUUAUUUAA